AGAACAGCUUCUCUGCUCCUUUUUCGCUUUGGCACUCUGUCUUUUUUCCCUCUGUGUGAGUAAUUACAGGGAGGAUGAGGGGAAAAAACCUCAGUGAACUUUCCCUUUCUCCUCCUCCUUCCAGUCAGCACAACUUGUGGAGCUUCAUACACAAAGAGGAACGCUGCAAUCAUUUUUGAUUCAGUUUCUCACCCACAUGAUACACUUCCCCUCGUGAAGGGAAAAGGAAGGUGGGGGAUACAGUUUCUUGAGGACAAUGGAAACUCAAUCAGGAAAUGGAGAGGGGGUGUUGAGCCCAGUGUCCUCAGGCAUCCACUCCCAAGGCCAACGUGGGGCACAGGUAGAGAAACCAGAAGAUCCGGUGCUCAAGGAGGACCUGCAAGCUGCUAAAAGGAUUGAGAGGUUUGACAUUCCGCUUGACAGUCUGAAGAGGAUGUUUGAGAAGUCAACUGAAACGGCCAAUGUCCACGCGUCACCAUCCAAACGAGGGACAUCCAGAAGUAUUGCGCUGCCCGAUCAACCACGAGAUAAGACAGUGGCCUUCAAUCUGGAUGACAGUUUCUCUGCUGAGCAACACGGGAGUCGGGCGCAGGACGCUGAUGACCGCGAGAGCAGCGAAUCUGUAUCACUGAAAGAGCGGCUGGCAAUGUACCAGGCUGCAGUUUCCCACAAAGAAAGUACCAGCUCCCCUUCUGCAACGGUUAUGGAGGAGUCAGAGGCCUGUUCACUACCUGGUGGCCUGGCCAGUGUAAAGAAACAGUUUGAAAACCAAGGCUUUACCUCCUCGUCUUCCCAGUCCAGCAGCACCCAGUACCAUUUUCAGCAGAGAACUGUGCAGGAGCUUUCCCGUUCCUCCGAGGUGACUGUGAGAAGCAAUGUCAGAGAAGUCACACCUUCCACAAGCAUCUUUCAAAAUCAGCAGGAGGUGUCGCAUUAUGACAGAGUCCACCAUAACAAUGUGGCCGCCAGUCAUGGAAGUGACUAUGAAACAGUUAUGCGCGCAGGAGGAGAGGACCUACAGAAGAUUUCCACUCAGGCUCUGAAGCAGCAGUAUGAAAAAACCAUUGAGGAAGCCACACCAGCCAGUGAAAUAAAGGUCAAUAUGGAUUUUAACCAGUUUCAAUGGACACCAGUAGGCCAACUGUCCAAAACGUCAACCGUGACCAGCCACAAAAGUUCCUCUUCUGUAAAGAACAUGGGCUCAUCUACAGUGUCAUCAGUGGCUCAUGAAACAAGUGAAGAUUUUCCUCCUCCUCCUAUGAAUCUGCUGGACGUACCACAUGAAACGUCUGAGAGUGGCACCCAAUCUCACAAGCAAGUUGUGCAGAACAAAAGCAACGUUAGCAAAGAGCAGUACGUUAAAUACAAGAGCAUGGCUGAACUAAAGCGUCUCUACAAGCAUAUUCACCCAGAAGUCCGCAAGAACCUGGAAGAAGACUACCUAAGCCACCUUGCUGAGUCAGAACAGACACAGGAGGCAGUGGGGGAUGUCCAGCAGACAUGCUUUAUGUUUGAAAAUGAAGGCUCUAGUAGGAGUACGAGUCCUGAUCGCGAAUCUGUAGAGUGGGAUGAGAUUCUUCGAGGAGAAGUGCAAUCUAGGCGCUGGAUGUUUGAGAACAAGCCAUUGGACACGAUCAAAGAUGACACCCCUGAUGAGAAUGAGGUGAAGAAUAUUGCACAGCAAGAAAUUAUAGCUGGAAAGGAUGUCAAAUACACAGCAUGGAUGUUUGAGACUCAGCCCAUGGAUGCUCUGGGGAGUGAGACACUCACUUCUUCAGAGCAGAUGCAAAAGGUGUCCGAUCUCGCAAGAGGUGACGUUCGUACCGCUACAUGGCUCUUUGAGACGCAGCCGCUGGACUACCUGAAUAAGAUCUAUCAAGAAGAUGAACAGGACGCCGCUGUCUCAAAAGAUAUCACUGGAGGAGAUGUGAAAACUGCCAGGUAUCUCUUUGAGACUCAGCAUCUAGAUUCACUCGGGAAAACGGAAACCUUUGAGGAGAGCAAUUUUCUGAGCCUCAAGUCUGAGCUGGAGGAGGUUAAAGGGGAUGUCAAGACGACCACUCGCAGGUUUGAGACUCUGCCGAUGUGUGUCAUCAGAGGAGACUCGGGGGAGAUGCUGGAAAUCACAACCAUUCGCAGGGAGGAGACCGAGAAAGGAGAUGUAAAGACGUCACGCUGGAUGUUUGAAACCCAACCCCUUGAUAUGAUCAACAAAGAUCUUGCUCAAGUGAAGCUUAUAUGCGGUAUUUCCAUGAAGGACAACAUUCAAGGCGGGGUCAACAAAGGUAGAUGGCUUUUCGAGACAAAGACUCUGGACACCAUUAAGGAUGAAGAAUGGGAGGCCGUUGCGAAGAAAAAGGAAGAGAUCAUUGGAGCUGAUGUUAGGAAACACUGCCUGGUUUUUGAGACUCAGCCUAUGGAUACCCUGAAAGAUAACGCUAACGCUCGAAAUUUGCCCUUGGAGGAGAUUCUCGGAGGUGAUGUGCAGUCAGCAAGGCACCUGUUUGAAACCGUACCCAUGGAAAAUCUGAAGGAGCUAAACGAGGUGGGUAAACUUAAGAAAAUGGCGGCAAGCGAAGAGGAAAAGGGCGACGUGAGGCAUCAAAAGUGGGUUUUUGAAAGCCAACCUUUGGCCAGUAUAAGAGAAGAGAAGAAAGAAAUGACAAGAACUGUAAAUAUCGACGCUCAAGAUAAAGGCGAUGUGACGAACUGCAAGGUCAAGUUUGAAAGUAUGGAUUUAAGUAAAUGUGAAGGAGCACAGAAAAUUCUAAUUGAGGGUGUCACAAGUGGAUCCGUGGAAUCCAACCGAGUUCUUUUCGAAUCGACACCUUUGUAUGCGAUGCAAGACAGCUCCGGUCAUUACCACGAGGUGAGGACAGUAAGGCGAGAGGAGAUCGUUAAGGGAGACGUGCGUAGUUGUCGAUGGAUGUUUGAAACACGCCCUAUUGAUGAGUUUGAUGACAGCCUUCAAAAGUUUCAGCUCAUUAAAGGAAUAUCGAAACAAGAAAUCGAGUCAGGUGACGUCAAGACGGCCAAGUGGCUGUUUGAAACGCAGCAGCUCGAUGCCAUUAAAAAUGUUGAUACUGAAGAAACGGAGACUAAAGAAGAGGCUAAAAUUGAAAGAGGCGACGUUAAGACGUGCAGAUGGCUAUUUGAAACGCAACCAAUGGAUGUCCUGUAUGAGAAGGUUGAGAAGAGUGAGACAAAUCUACAGGAGGUGCAGAAAGGUGACGUCAAAACAUGCACUUGGCUCUUUGAAACGCAGAGUCUUGACAACAUACGUGACCAUACAGAAUCCGAGUCAGAGACCAUUUUAAAAACCUGCACUGUGAAACAAGAAGACAUCCAAGGGAAAGACGUGCGGCUGGCCCGCUUUCUUUUUGAAACGGAAAACCUUGAAAACCUGACUGGCGAGGACAGCGGUUCUUUCAGAAGGGUCACAGAAAUUGACAUCCAGUCAGGCGACGUUUCGAGAAUGAAGUACAUUUUCGAGAACCGCUCAUCAGACAUUAUGAGUUCCACCUCGGAGGAAACAAUGCAGCUGUUGAAGACGCAACAAGCUGAGGACAUCCAGAAGGGGAAUGUGGUCAAUUGCACCUGGAUGUUUGAGAACAACCCAAUCGAUUCUAUCCACGAUGAAUCCAAAGAGGAUCGAGAUAUGCGAACGGUGACCGACGUUCAAGGGGGUGAUGUUCACAAAGGCCGUUUCACUUUCGAGACGUUCUCCCUGGAUCAAAUUAAAGACGAUUCAACCGAGUCUGAUAUUUCAAAACUCACAAGCAUCUGCCGAAAUGAUUUAGAGAAAGGGGAUGUCAAAAACUACACCAUGAUGUUCGAAACCCAACCUCUGUAUGCGAUCCGUGACAAGGAAGGCCAUUACCAUGAAGUUACCACGGUCACUAAGGAAGAGAUCAUGAGAGGAGACGUUGUGGGUGCCAGGUGGCUAUUCGAGACCAAACCUCUAGAUUCCAUUAGGGACUCGGAGGAGGUAUACGUCAUCAAAGCUGUGACUGAAGAGGGCGUCAACAAAGGAGACGUCAGCUCUGCGAGAUGGAGGUUUGAAACGCAACCUCUGGAUGAAAUUACAGAGGAAAUAAAAGUCAUAUCCAAAACAGUAGCAGACAUCCAAGGCGGUGAUGUUAGGACGAACAAACAGAGAUUCGAGACUGAUGAAAUGUCCCAAAAAUAUAUCCGAACGGUCAGUGUGAGCGAAAUCCAAAAGGGGGACGUCAGAUCAGCCACGUGGAUGUUUGAAACCCACGCGAUUGAUGAGAUUGGUGGAAAAGGAGAAGAAUAUGAUGGUAUGGAGACAGUUACAAAGGAGGAAGUGAUGAAAGGAGAUGUCAAACAAUCUGUGUGGCUCUUUGAGAAGCAGCCGCUCGACAGCAUCAAAGAGACGGAUGACGCGGAGCUUGUGAUCGAAAGGGAAGAAAUCCCACAGGGCGAUGUAAAGACAACAACGUGGCUUUUUGAAACAACUCCUUUCCACGAAUUCAACGAGACCGCUGUGGAAAAAAGAGACAUCGUGGGUAAAAGCAUCAAAGAAACACUCGAGGAACUUUACUCUCAGAAAAUGGUCGACUCAAAAGGCAUCCUCAUUGAGGCGGAUGAGAUUGGCGACGUCCGCAUGGCCAAGUAUAAACUGAUGAACCAGGAGACGCCAGAAAUCCAAAGAGAGGAGAUUGUCCGCGGGGAUCUGGCCAACAUUAUGAUGAACCUCUUGAAUCGUAGGGAGAACGUUGAGAGGGGGAUAACUAUUGACACAGAAGAGCGGGGAAAUAUCAACACCACCGUCGAGCAACUGUUCAACCGAGAAACCGGCAGCAGUGUUGAAAAAGAGGAAAUCCUCCGUGGGGACAUCCGGGAGGCUAUAAACAGCUUACUUAGGAAUGAGAGUUCUUCCAAACGUGGAAUUCUCAUUCAAGAAGAUGAAAAAGGAGAUGUGAGGAUGACAAUAUAUUCUUUGUUGAAUAAAGGAGAAAAGGCAAGCACAGAGAAAGAGGAUAUCGUUCAAGGGAACGUCAGCAAAACCCUUCACCGCCUUCUCUCCAAUUCCGGCACUGAGGAUGCUAAAAAAAUAAAGGUGGGCGACAUAGAAAGAGGAAAUGUCAGUUUUUACACCACAUGCAUCGAGUCCGGAGCUUUGGACUACCUGAAGCAACUUCAGCGUGAAACGGAUGAAACUGCUCAGCCAGUGGAAAAGGAGUGCAUUAUUGGCGGGGAUGUUGAGGAAACCAAAAUUUUGCUGAGGAAGAAUCAACAGGAGAUAGGUCGCACGGUGGCAAAAGAUGAUAUAGUUCCUGGUGAUGUGUGCAGCAUUGUUCAAGUCUUUAUGACGGAGCCCAAAGUGACUUACAGAAACCUGGAGAAACAGGACAUUGUGAAAGGUAAUCUUAACGCAGCCUUGGAUUCACUGAGCCAAGCCAUCAAUCAGAAGGCAACGAUAGAGAAAGAAGAGGUGGUGAAAGGAAACUUAUCCACCACCUUGAGAUCUCUUGAGGAGGCUCAGUAUCAACCAAAAGAAAUGGAAAAACCAGAAAUCAUUCCAGGAGACAUUAGAGGCGCUCUUGAGUCGCUCGAGAAGUCUGCAACAACGAAAAUGGAAGCCACUGUUGACGAUUUAGUGCCAGGCGAUAUUAAAGGAACUCUUAAGUCUCUGGAGGAGGCAAAACACGCCGUUAAGGAAGUUGUAAGAGAGGAGAUUGUUAAAGGUGACAUCCACGUCGCCAUGCAAAACCUACACGAGGCAUCUGCGGAGAGAAAGACGUAUCAGCAUCAAGUGAGCGAACAAGGGGAUAUUAAAGCAACUAUUCAGCUCCUUCUCGAGCCGACAACCAGCCCGAGAAUGCAGCGGCGGGGAAGCACGGAAGGAGAUGUUAAAACAUCAAUAAAGUCACUUUAUGAAGGACAGGAAACAACAUUUGUAGAAAAGGAGGAAGUAGUGAAAGGUGACGUGCAAGGGGCAAUAAAGUGCCUGAUGCAAAAAAAGCAAUAUUCAAAGCCGAAGCGCCUACACUCGAAAGCGAAGGCUCCGCAGAGAAGUUCAAUAACUGUAAAUCAAGUGACACUCGAGGAAAAACAGAAAAACAUAACAGGCGGCUCUGAGAUUGGGGAGAAAAAACUCUCACAAAGCUGCGAGUCGCAAAAGCACAAUGAAAGCAAAGUGGUGAAAACACAGGUAAUUACCAACGAGGCCUCUGUGACUGUUUCCAAAACAGACAGCGCCUCUGGGGCCUUUCAACAAAAGGGCAUAGCUGAAGAAAAGCCCAAAGUGCUACCCCCACAGAAAACACAAUCCCUUAAGCCCUUGAUGAUAAAGACUAAACAAACAUCUAAUUAUGAGCAAGAAAACGCAAAAACAGCAGACGCAAAUGCGAUUAAAGUGGUGCGCAAUGUGUUGCAGACAAAUAAUUCAAGCAGGCAAAAAUGCGACACGAAGACAGUCCAACAGGUACAGACGACCGUCGUCCAGCAAACAGUCUCUCAUCAACAAAAAGUCACAACAACUGAGCACGCAGCAAAGAAGGAAGAUAAAUCUUUAACGCAAAAGCAAAGCUUCAAAAACAUGAAGAGCGAGUCUCGUAAUCUUGACAUGAUGACCAGCAGGGGUAUGAUAAAAAAGGGUAAGCCAGAAAUUCACUUCCCUCCACCUCCCUCAUCACCACCGCCUCCCUCCGAAUCUGAGCUCUCCCUCCCUCCACCGCCGUCUCCUGUGCUAGAAAGCUCAACACCCAAUUUGUCCCGACCUCCCACUGCAAUGCAAGAAAGUGACCUUCCGCCACCACCAACACCACCGCCACUACAAUCAGAACCAGAUUUUUUUCCACCUCCUCCUCCACCGACCUCCUGCUCUGGACAAGAUUUCCUUCCUCCUCCCCCUUCACAGGAGGAACUUAAUGCCAUGCCUCUACCUCCUGCUGCAAAUCCAGGGAAACCCUUUGCAAGGAGUUUAUUUAAAUUCCCCAAACAACCAGAGGCACCAAAGCCUUCACCUGUCCAACCAAAAUGGCAAAAGAACAUGCAAACUCCAUUACAACGUCCCACUCAGCUCCACCUUGACAAAGAAAAAACAUCAGCAUCCCUCGCAGAGGUCAAAGUUCUGGAAACUAUUCAAUCAAACACAAACAUACCUACGCCUCCCACUAAACCAGUGCAGAAAACAAGCCCCCAGCCACCUAAAAAGAUAUUCCCUCCCCCCAUAAAGUUGCCCCAGCCCCCUGAACCAGCUCCUGCACCCAAGCCAAGGCCAUACGCCCGCAAAUUUAAAACUCCCUUAAUGCUUGCGGAGGAAAAAUACCGUCAGCAGAGAAUGGAGACCGAGGAAACGGCGAUAAGUUCAGUCACAACUCCUACCUCUCCUCCAGUGACUACAAAAGUCCCCCCCGGUGUGGACAGUCUGCAACUUUCCAUGUUAAAUCAGACUGAAAAAAGAGAGGCCACGGAAGUAGUGAAAGAAAAUGUACACGUUCCUAAAGAACCUUCAUUACAGCAUAAAAGCACCAAGAAAAUCCCAUCUCAGAUUCCUCUAAGCAAGCCCUUGAUCUCUGUGGCAAAUAAGAAAGUAACCCCAGGAGUUUCAGAUAACUCCCUGGACAACCAGCAACUUUCUAGCAAGAUCUCUUCGGGAAAAUUGCUCUCCUCAAAAGUCAGUGAAACAAAUCAAGCAACGCAAGCAGCGCAAUCAUUUUCUCUAUCCCAGUCCGAACACGCAACCUCUCAUGUCCAAGUCCAGUCAAGUGCGACUACUGUUACCCCUCCAGUCACUGAGAAGCAGCAGUUUAUUAAGACGACCAGGGCUAGUAAUACCGCUGUCACACAGAGUGGAUUAUAUCAGGAAAAUAUACACAUCCAAGGCCAGACUGUAGCCACCCUCAAAGCCGAGGAUGUGGAAAAUCUUAAUGACGAGGUGACAAAAGACGUGAAAACGCAAUCCUCUCAACCCACCAAAAUUCCCAAGGUAAUGCCAAGUUUCAAGGUGAGAACCUUUAAGAUGCCAGCUGAGAAAAAAGAAGAGAAACACAACAUGGAAAUGAAAAGUGAGACGCAGUUACAGCAGCAUGCGAGCAAUGUGUCACAGAGCAGCCAUGUGACAUCCUCAAUGAAAGAUGUUCAGAUCAAUGAGACAAAAAAUUUGGCGCCUGUGAAGUCUGCUGAAGUCGCGCAUUCAAUUGAAGCCAAACGCACGCAGCCCCCUGCAGUCACUCUUUUAACGUCUGAGAAGGGUAAAACGACAUCUGUGUCCCAGGUUCAGCAUAGCACAAGGACACAACAGGUCCAAAGACAACAGGAAACGGUUGUGACCGAAAGCUCUCAGAUAAAAGAAGCUGGUAAUAUGCCGCAAAUAAGACAAGAAGCUGCAGAACUACCCAAAAAGCAAACAUCAGGAAAGUCCAAAAGUGACUUAUUGAUUAUAACGUCUGAGAAGGGUAAAACGACAUCUGUGUCCAAGGUUCAGCAUAGCACAAGGACACAACAGGUCCAUAAACAACAGGAAAUGGUUGUGACCGAAAGCUCUCAGAGAAAAGAAGCUGCUCAUAUGCCGCAAAUAAGACAAGAAGCUGCAGAACUACCCAAAACGCAAACAUCAGGAAAGUCCAAAAGUGACUUACUGAUCAAAACGACUCAGUCAGAGGAAAUGCCACCAUUAGAGAAAUGUCACGUAAUGGAGACUCUGCUCACGCAGAUGAAAGUUUUGGAGGGCACACCAAACAAAAUCGACCCCGCCACUGUCAGUAUGAUCAUCAGUGAUCUUCCUGACUGGCUGCUUGGUUCAAAUGAGAGAAAAAAUUUAUGUGGAAUUGCUAAGCAGUCAAACAAGAAAAAGUUGAAAGAAAUGCUGUCUUAUUUGAAGAAUAUUACUCAAGUUAAGCACACAAAUCUAGAAGCGACACUGACAUCUGCAGAAAUGAAAGAGUUCCCUCCCCCGCCACCCCCAGUGGCUCCGAAACCAGAUCAGAAGGUCUUGAGCGGUAUGACUGCCAAGUUAUCAAAAAUCAGCAUUGGUUCAUCUAAAACUGAAAAGAAGAUGUCUGAAGAAAGAAAGUCACUGCACGAGGGCAGAGUACAGCAUGAGCUGAGCGAGACAGCAGAUCAGAGAGUCCACUCCCCGCUAGCAAGCAUCCGCACUCCUUCCCCCACCUUCAUUAGCAUUGAGUCCAGAAGGAUAGAGUCACCACUCAGAGGUACCCCAUCACCUCCGCCCUACAGAUCUUUCGGGACCCCUCCGCCUCCAGCUCGUAAGCAGUACACCGCCACAUCCUCUUUCCGAGCCACGCCGUCUCCCACCAUGAGCCGCUCUGAGAAGACGAUGCAAUUGAAAGACACAAGUCUAAAGCCUUCUUGCAGCCCCACACCCACUCCUCCCUUACUUGUGGACGUGGGAGAGCGAUCGUCUCCGGUCAGGCAGACCACUCCCACAUUAAAAAAUGACCAGGUACACGUGUCAGAAAUGGGUGACUCCAUGAUGACAGUCAAAGAUAAAAAGAGCUUCUUCGAGGACGCGCAAAAAUCAGAAGCAAACAAGUCAUACCUACGGAAGGAUCCGAUUGAUAUACCUGAACGUCUUGAAGCAGAUUUUGAGGAGGGUGCUCAGGUUUUGACAGCAGACAUCCUAAAAGAGGACCUCCCCAGGGUGGACAUGACAAAGCUGGUCAAUAAAUUCGAGUCUCCAAAAACAACGGUUUACUCCAGGAAAGAGCCCAUUGUGAUUACGGAAAGGCUCGGGAGCGACUCCGAGGACGUGGAGGCCGAACCGCGCACCCCGCGAACAGAGGAAAUGUCGACAUACAACAUCAAAGCAAUAAAGAAUGUGUUUGAAAGUGGCGAGCACAGUUCUCAGGCAGCGCGAGACCUCCGGGAACAAAUUGAAAAGAGAGAAGCAGACUUUUCCCACGCUAAGCCAGCGGAGCAGUCCGAAGCAUCCUCGUUUUCUGAGCAAUUCUGUAGUAUCGACGACUUUGGCAACUUGAGGAGUGAGGUACAUUCUGGAAGCUCUGUGAGCUCUGUGACCCGUGGCAACCCUCCGUCCUACGCCGACGUGGUGCGAGGCAGAGUUCCAACAGUUGCCGUGCCCUCCGAAGAACUACUGAGAAAUUUCCAGCAGUCUUGGGCUGAGAGCCAAGGAAGCUUCCAGAAUGUGGGCUUCAGUGUCACGGAGCAGAGAAGCUCACAGAUUGUCACACGUCAGCAGGAGACUGUCGUGAUGGAAGAUUCAAGUUCCGGAUUCCGAACUGUGCAGGGUGUGUCGGAAGAGGGUGUACCCUAUGGAAUCUCUAAUAGCAGACAAGCAAAACUUCCAUAAAAGCUGUUUUCGCUGUGAACACUGUAGAGGCAAACUAAGUCUUGGCAACUACGCCUCUCUCCAUGGACGAAUGUAUUGCACGCCACACUACAAGCAACUCUUCAAGUCCAAAGGAAAUUAUGAUGAAGGAUUUGGACAGAAACCACUCAAACAACGAUGGAAUAACAACAACCAAAAGGAUUCAGCU